AUGAGGCUCCUUCUGAUAAUAAUGCUGGUGGUGGCCAGCAGUGCGGCCAUUACCGUUGACAAGUAUUCAAAGCAACGGCACGGUGCUUUUAUAGAGGCAAAGAAACACGGGAAAAGAGGUCUAGAUGGUUUGGAUGGACAUGGUCUACACGAGCAUCAUGAACACAUAUAUGGUCUACCACCACCGGUUUACGAAAUUCCAGCACCAGACGUCGGGUAUCCGGGAUAUGUACCGGAGCCGUCACCCCCGUUCGUCGUCGGACAUCAUCCAGUUGCGCCAGUGCCUGUGCCUGUUCCGCAGCCGGUGCCGCACCCGGUUCCGCAACCGGUAGCAGUACCCGUGGCGGUGCCGGUCGCUAGGCCCAUACCGAUCAUCGCCGUGCCCGUGCCGAUUCACAUCGACCGCGCCGUGCCGGUGCCUAAGCCGUAUCCCGUCGCCGUGGAGAAGAUCGUCCACGUGGACCGGCCGGUCCCGGUGCCGGUCGAGAAGCCGGUGCACGUCCCGGUCGAUCGGCCGGUGCACGUGCCGGUGCCGGUACCGAGACCGUAUCCCGUCGCCUUCGAGAAGAUCGUGCAUGUGGACCGACCGUAUCCGGUGCACGUGGCUGUGCCGGUGCACGUGCCGAAGCCGUACCCGGUCGCCAUACACGCGCACUAUAAGUCACACGGUUGGUAACGCCGCUCCGUUUAACGCAGCGGCGAUACUAUUAUAUAUUUUCGCUAAUAUUAACUACGUAACUUAACACGUGUCCUGAUAUACAACACGUGUCUUAUAAUUUUUAUAUAGUGAUAUUAGCGCAGUCGUCUUGUUUUUGUUACAGAUUUAUUAUUGAUAAAUAAUAUUAUUGAUUAAUUAUUAUUCAUAAUUAAUCUUGCCUGACUGAAAUGUACAUUAGAAAUUGAUUACUGUGUUAGUACUGAGCUUUUGUACGCGUU